AUGACUGAUUUGAUCAACUCUACAGAGGAAGCCUUGAUCCUAGUCAUGGGAGAUUUUAAUGAUCUCGUCACAGAUGUCAUUGAACAGAAUGCUCUUUUGACACAGGUAGUUACCGAACCAACCAGGGGUGAUUCAGUUUUGGAUAAAAUCCUGACUAACCUCCCUGACUUGUUUGAAGACCCUGUGAUACAUGCCCCGAUUGCUACUUGUGACCACCGAGUUGUUGUUAUGCGCCCACAUGACUGUAUCCAACCUCUCAAGAUUUCCAAGUUAAAAAUACGACCCUUUUGUGAUUCUUCUGUUCGGGUGUUUGGGCAAUGGAUCACCGACUUUAGCUGGGAAGAGCUUAACGCCACUUGUGAUCCUGACGAAAUGGUUGAUAUUCUCCACUGUACGCUCAUGACGCAGUACAAACGUUGCUUUCCUGAGAAAUCUUUUAAACGGAGAGCAAGAGACAAACCGUGGUUCAAUGUAAAAAUUCGAAGUCUGAUUAACCAGCGUGAACUAGCUUAUAGAAGUAGAAAGUUUGAUCGAUACCAUCAACUAAGGAAUAAAGUUCAACGUGAAAUUAGCAGAGCUAAAUCAACCUAUUUCCGUAACAAGGUCGAGCAUCUGAAACAAUCAGAACCAGGAAAGUGGCACAGACAGAUACGGUCUCUUACUGGAAUGACCAAGAAGCCGUCAUUUUCCCUGGGUCCUGAGGAUGAAUCCCCUCGUCAGAUAGCAGAGAAUCUUAAUGUUCAUUUUUCCCAAGUCUGCAACAUGUUGCCUCCAUUAGACUUGUCAGCCCUCCCAGCGUAUCUCCCAGCCCCUUCAUCCCCGCCGGUAAUCCAGGAACAUGAGGUCUAUAAGCGUCUUAAACGUCUCAACUCAUCGAAGGCACCUCAUCCCAAUGAUGUUCCUACUCGUCUAUUCAAGGAAUUCGCAUUGGAAAUUUCAGGACCGUUGAGCAAGAUAUUCAAUGAAUGCCUGAAAGUCGGUUAUUUCCCUGCGAAAUGGAAGUGUGCAUCGGUUUGCGCUGUUCCUAAAACUCAACGAGUCACCUGCCUUGACCAGCUUCGUCCAAUCUCGAUCACCUCUGUCCUGUCCAGAUUAUUUGAGAGCUUUCUGGCAGACUGGUUGAUGAUUGAUCUUAGGCCUCACAUUGAUCCUUCUCAAUAUGGCAAUAUGAAAGGAAGCUCAAUCAAUCAUUAUCUUGUAGAUAUGCUGGAUCUCAUCUACAGGAGUUUGGAACGCAGUGGAUGUUACGCCAACAUUUGUACAAUUGAUUUCACAAAGGCCUUUGACCUUGUCAAUCACACCAAGGUUAUUGAAAAGCUGAUCAAUCUGGGAGUAGAUGCUUCUGUUUUACCUACCGUCUGUAGUUUUUUGUCGGAGCGUUAUCAAAUGGUUCGACAUCAGGGAUACUCAUCUAGUCAUCUGCGUCUCUCUUGCGGAGUGCCCCAGGGUACGAAACUUGGGCCUAUCCUCUUCCUUGUACUCGUCAAUGAUGCUGCUAUAAGUACAAGGAAUCGAUGGAAGUAUGUAGACGACUUAAGCGUUGUGGAGGUUUUACCAAAGAACCAGCAAAGCUCCAUGCAGGACCAUGUUAAUUUGCUGAGUCAAUGGUGCAUCUCAAAUGACGUUACGCCUAAACCCGAAAAGUGCAAAGUCAUGCAAGUGUCCUUCCUGAAGGUCCCUCCACCCCAGCUAGACAUCACAAUCAAGGAUUGUCACUUGGAACGUGUCAACUCGUUAACCCUUCUUGGUGUGAUGAUUCGUUCGGAUCUCAAGUGGGAUGAUCAAGUCCAACACAUGAUUUCACGCUCUUCAAGAAGACUGUAUAUCCUCUGCAUUCUAAAGAAAUUUGGUGUUGAUAAGCAUGAUCUCGUAAAUAUCUACAAAGUGUACAUUCGUCCACUGUUGGAGUUUGGUGUUCCGGUUUGGGGAUCUGCAAUCACUAAAACACAAAGUGACGAAAUUGAAAGACUCCAAAAACGAGCUCUUCAAGUAGUAGAUAUAGAAGUAAUUGAUUUAGAAGUAGUAGUAGUAGUAGAAGUAGAUGUAGAAGUAGUAGAUGUAGAAGUAGUAGAUGUAAAAGUAGUAGAUGUAGAAGUAGUAGAUGUAGAAGGAGUAGAUAUAGAAUUAGAAGUAGUAGAUGUAGAAGUAGCAGAUGUAGAAGUAGUAGAUGUAGAAGUAGUAGAUGUAGAAGUAGCAGAUGUAGAAGUAGAUGUAGAAGUAGUUGUUGUACAAAUAGUAGAAGUAGCAGAUGUAGAAGUAGCAGAUGUAGAAGUAGUAGAUGUAGAAGUAGUAGAUGUAGAAGUAGCAGAUGUAGAAGUAGAUGUAGAAGUAGUAGAUGUAGAAGUAGUUGUUGUACACGUAGUAAAUGUACAAGUAGUAGAUGUAGAAGUAGCAGAUGUAGAAGUAGUAGAUGUAGAAGAAGUUGAUGUUGAUGUAGAAGUAGUAGAUGUAGAAGAAGUUGAUGAAGUAGCAGAUGUAGAAGUAGUAGAUGUAGAAGUAGCAGAUGUAGAAGUAGCAGAUGUAGAAGUAGUAGAUGUAGAAUCUGUAAUGUUCUCUAAUUGA